UCAGCCCUCGCUUGCGGAAGUUGGUCCGCCGGUCGACCUACCAAAGUUUAGUGUUGUGUUUUGAUCCGUGCUACGCGGUUAGGGAAAAGUUAUUCAAAACUUCGCCGUUCAACAGGUGUGUCGGUUACAAACUUUUCUUGAUUAUUUAUUUACAAACGGAUAAAUUAGUUCACUAUGGGAAAUUUUCUAGCAAAACGUAGCUCUGAUUACAUGAUUUACGUUCAAACUGGAGACAGGCGAAACGCCGGGACCGACGCGAACGUUCGGAUAGUCAUGCACGACGAAUAUGGACACUCGUCACUACCAAUCACACUGGAUAAUUAUUUCAAGAACGAUUUCGAGAGAGGGUGCCUGGAUACAUUUCACGUCCCGUCGAACAAGAUAAAAAAUUUACAGCGCAUGGGAAAAAUUGUCAGAAUCGAGGUGUGGAAAGACGACGCAUGGGCGGCCAGUGAUUGGUACGUGGAUAAAAUUGUCAUAGAAAAUCGGGUCACGAACAACACAUUUGUUUUUCCCAUCUUUCGAUGGAUCAAGGCCAAAUAUCAUUACCAGAUCAACCACCUCGACACGUCCCUCCCCCAAGAUGAACAGUACCCCGAGCAGCGGGCCAUGGAGUUAAGCGAGAAAAGGAAAGCUUAUGAAUUCGAUCAAAAGGUCCCCGAUGGGCCAGCGCAGGUCAAGAAUAUGCCUUCAGAUGAGCAGUUUUCCUUUGACUAUAAGUGGGAUAUUGUGACACUGAAAGCAAAACUGAUCGCCACUAGCAUUUUGGUCAAGCUGAUGGCGUCCGGCGACUGGGACAGCUUGGCGGCACUGACCGACGUGUACACCGAGUCCACUUUACACAAACCAAAAGGUGCAGACAGGUGGAGCAAUGACCUCUAUUUUGGACUUCAGAGAGUAGCCAGUUUAAACCAUUCAUUGAUAAAAUUAGUAACAGAAAUUCCAGAGAAAUUUCCAGUUACUGAUGAACUCCUGAAACCACUCUUAGAAGGCUUGACCAUUCAAGAAGCCAUUGACCAAAAAAAACUGUUCAUGUGUGAUCUUCAGCUUUUGGAAGAUUUACCAGUCCGGGAAAAUUUCACACUUUGCUCCCCUAUGGGCUUGUUUUUUGUGGAUAAUAAAAACCAGUUGAGGCCUGUGGCCAUCCAGUUAUUCCAAACACCUGGACCAGACAACCCAAUCUUCACUCCACUGAAUCCAUCUCUGACAUGGGCUCUUGUUAAAAUGUGGUACAACAAUGCUGAUGCAGCUUAUCACCAGGCACUGACACAUUUAGGAAUGACACAUUUGUUAAUGGAAGGUGUCACCGUAGCAACACAUCGCAAUCUGUCCCAGUCACAUCCUAUCUUUAAACUUCUCGCACCACAUUUCCUGUAUUUGAUUGCUAUCAACACGCGUGGCUUGGAGUUGUUGAUUGCUGAUGGAGGCUGGGUAGACAAGACAAUGAACUUUGGAAACAAAGGACUCUUUGCUUUGAUAAUUAAAGGCUUCAAGAGUUGGAGGAUGGAUGUUGAAGGAACACUUCCUGAAGACUUGAAAAGAAGAGGAUUGGAUGAUCCAAAUGUGCUGCCAUGUUACCAUUUUAGGAAUGAUGCCAUGCUUUUGUAUGCGGCAAUAAACAAAUAUGUCAAGUCAUAUGUCAGCCUCUACUAUACAAGUACAAAAUUACUAGAAGAAGACACAGAAAUCCAAAACUGGGUUCACGAACUAGUAAAGGAAAGAAACAAUGCAUCUGGAGGAGUUGGAAUUUUAGGUGUGCCAGGCAAUGGAAAAUUAACAACCAAUACCCAAUUGGAGCAGAUUGUGACAAGUAUUAUUUAUACAUGUAGCAUCUCUCAUGCAUCAACAAACUUCCCUCAGUAUGAGGAAUACGCAUUUCCUCCUAAUUAUCCUGGGCUCCUACGUGGCAGACCUCCUAACAAUCCGAAAUAUGAGGUGACAGAAAGAGACAUACUUAAUUGCUUGCCAGACAGACCAACCACUUUGGAUAUUAUGAUUGUGACAAAAAUUCUCAGCGCUAAAGGAACAAAAAGUAUUGGUGACUUUGAGGUGCAGUACAUUUUCGAUCCAGCAGCAAGAGAUAUAGUUGAUGAAUUCCGCAAAGACCUUAGAAAAAUUAGCAAGCAAAUCAAAGAGAGAAAUGUACACAGAAAUCCUCCUUAUGAAUAUUUGGACCCAGACAUCAUUCCAAACAGCAUCAGUAUUUAAAGAUAUAGUUGACAGUUAUGUUUAGAAAUCAUUUUUUACACAUUGUUAUUUAUGUAAUUAUCCAAUUUACUGUUUCUUCCAACUGAAUUGAAACAAUUCUACCCAGCAUUCCUGUGCUUGUAUUAGCUUAACAUUUUUUUCUCUAUUUCAAAACUUUUAUUGUAUAAAGCUUGUGCAUAAUUUGAACAUAAAACAAUACCUAUUUUGUGCUAUUUAUCUUGUAUAGCAAAAUAAACAUUGAUUAAUAAUUCUUAAUUUAUAAAACUCAAAAAGGAAAAAAAAAUUUAACAAGUUCCAGUACUCAUUCCUGCAAAAACGUUUCACAGUAAAUGUUAAUACUUUUUAAUUUUUACCUGAUUAAUAGUAAUUUGCUGUAAAAUAAAUCCUUUUGUUAAAUGAUAAAGCACAAUAACAAAAAUUAACUACAUGAAGUAUCACUUUAUUAACUGUAAAUAUUUUUACCACAAUUUGUGUUUUGUACAAAAAUGACAUUUGUGUUACACAACGCUUUUAUUCCCUUGUUAACUGGCAGCAGUGUUGAAAGUAUUUCCUAAUGUGACCAGCACAUCAGUUUCCAAAAGUAAUAUUUCCCAUUCUGAUGGUCUGGCAUAAUAAAAUGCACUAUUAUUAUCAUGUGCAGGAAAGUAACUUUCAAAACUUGAGAAAUUUAAAAUUAUUCAUGUGCAUGUUUGCAACACAAUUUUUUUUAGUGCUGUUGAGAUUUUAGUUUUCUUUUUUUUUGUUAUCUAAUGCAUUUUACUAAACUUUAUAGUUUAGCAUUUAUAGCAUACAAAUUUUAAGAACUUCACAUAUUAUAUAAAUAUUUUUUUUAAAUGGUUACCCCAUAUUGAGUUUUUACUUUAAGUCAUCUUAAGAAUAAUUUACAAAAAAGAAAGUCCAAUAUGACCCAUGACAUUACCUCCAUUGUGUUUUUUUUAAAUCAAUUUUCUUCUCGUUUAAGUUAGUCUAGUCAAAAUUUUAUAGUUGUCAGAAUUGUGUCAGCUAUGAGCCAAAGAAUUUUCCACAAUAACCCCUUCAACAUAGAUUCAGCUUCAUCGUGUAUUGUUUUCUUUAAAUAUUUGAAUGCUAAUCUUAAUCUUCUGAAGGUAAUUCAGCUUUUGAGCACUGUUUUUGUUUUCCGAAUUAAGUUUGAUGCAUAUUCUACUUCAUAUCAACAUGAUGUUUUUAUAACAUUUUUUUUCUCUCCUACUACCAGCAUUAAAAAAUAAACUUUUAAAACUAUACCUUUUAAAAAUCCUUUAUUUCUUUUUGAAUGCCAAUUAUAGUCUUUGUAACUACAAUUCACCAUCCUUUUAAAUUGUGAAAUAUUUUUUUUUGAGUUUUGAAAAACUUAACAGAAAUGGGCAUUCUGUGAUUUUUUUAAAAUUUACUUACUGAAUGGUUUUUGUGUUUAAUGCAUAUAAUAAUUGCUUCACUGUAAUUUGAAAUAAGGUGUUUAUAUCUUCUGUACAUAAGUUGUUUAUAUAAAUCUUCUGUGAUCUGUUAAGCUAAUGUUUUAUUGCUUUACAAAAAUUUUAUUACUAAUAAAUCUGAAAUUC